ACAGUCAAAAAUGUUGCAGUGCAGUUAUGAUGUAAUUUAACGGCAUGCUUGGUUAGGUCUGAUAUGGAUGUGAUUUUUCAUUACUAUCUUUAGACAACCUCAGGUUUAUAGUAGUGCUCAGUGGCUUAAAGUCUUCCGAAAAUGUGGUGCAAAGAGUGCAGUUUAGAACAGACACUUAUAUAUAUUUGAACACGUUAAAGGAUAAGGAAAACCAUUCUCAAAUAGAAUGCGAGACCAAGUUUUAGAUUACGAUCCUUCCUAUCUUAUUUAUGGAGGUGGGAUAAGUUUUGUCGUAAACGUUCUUCUCUUCCGAUUCGUCAGUCCGUUUGUCUCCAGACGUAUCACUAAAACAUAUAGAGAUUUGCCCACAUAUGAACAACAGGAGUGGAAUGAUAGGUUUAUGUCAAACGUUAACGCUGUGAUAUCUAUCGCUUUAUCUGGAUAUUGCUUGCUUUUUGAACCUCGGGCUAGAGAGGAGGUCUGGUACGACAGUCCGGCAGCCAGGACAGCAUGUGCAAUUAUUGUAGGGUAUAUGUUUGCUGAUAUUUUGUGUAUGUCGAUUUGGUGUAAGAUGAAAAGGGGCGAGAUGUUGGGCUUCCUUUUUCACCACGCUGCAACAGUAUACGCCUACUACUUCAUAUCAGCAUAUGGAGUGUUGUGUUAUUUUGGAAUGCUUCGCCUUAUUGCUGAAGUUUCAACAGUUCCGGUUAAUCAAAGGUGGUAUUUCGACAUGACUGGUUACCCUAGAGCUCGGGUUAUAGUAGUCCUGAACGGGUUUUUAAUGCUCAUCACCUUCUUUGUGUUCCGCAUAGUAGCCAUGCCGCUCUACUGGUACCAGAUUUGGCUGGUUACCGGCACAGAGGCCGUCAUGAAGCUUGGACACAUCCAGUUAAUCAUGUAUAUUCCAUGUUUUGUGCUUGACGUUCUGAAUAUCACAUGGUUCUACAAAAUGUGCAGAGGAUUUGUUAAAGCAUUAAAAGGGAUUCUCAAUAAAGGAAAUUCUGCCAAUGGAGAGAAAUUUAAAAGAGUUUGACAAGCUAUCACAUAUUUAUUAUUAUUAUACCUCACUUUUGUCUACAAUGGUAAAAUCCCAUUACCCGAAAAGGAGAUAUUUUGACUAUCAGAAACAUUUUCAGUCUUUUUGACACGUGACCAAGCGAAAGUGACUGUCAGGUCAUGUGACCGCGCUGAUAUUUUGAAUGUCAUAUAAGGGCAAAUAACUGCUUCAGGUUUUUAGCCAUAUGAUUGCGUCCCUUGUACACAUUGUCAUAUUGUAAUGACGUUGCUAUUCAGUGUGUACACAACUGAUUACCGCGCUAAAGAUGAAACUGUUGAAUUAAAUGAACCAGAAACAUUUUUAAAACUUUUUUAUGUGUUUAGUUUUGUUCGGUAUAAUAAAAUAAAUACCAUAUGGCAUAGUGUGUGACAUUGAUAUUGUCAACCCUCGGAACAGAAUGUCACCACUCGGCUAUCGCCUCGGGUGACAUUCUGCCCUCGGGUUGACAAUAUCAAUGUCACACACGCUGCCAUAUGGUA